UUCUUGAAUUUUAAAAUGGCCCCUAAUGUCACCACCACCACUACUGUGACCAAGACCACCUCUCUCUCAAAGGCUCCAAGCCUGUCAAGCCGUGCAUAUGUGACGUUCUUGGCAGGUAACGGGGACUAUUGGAAAGGAGUGGUGGGGUUGGCCAAAGGGUUGAGGAAGGUGAAGAGCAGUUACCCUCUUGUCGUUGCGAUUCUGCCAGACGUUCCUGAAGAGCACAGGAAGAUUCUGGUGGAUCAAGGUUGUAUUGUGAGAGAGAUCGAGCCUGUGUAUCCUCCUCAGAAUCAGACUCAGUUCGCCAUGGCUUAUUAUGUCAUCAACUACUCCAAGCUUCGUAUUUGGGAGUUUGUUGAGUACAGCAAGAUGAUAUAUCUGGAUGGUGACAUCCAAGUAUUUGAGAACAUAGAUCAUCUCUUUGACAUGGCUGAUGGUUAUUUCUACGCGGUGAUGGACUGUUUCUGUGAGAAAACAUGGAGUCACACUCCUCAAUACAAGAUUGGUUAUUGCCAACAGUGUCCUGACAAGGUGAACUGGCCAGCGGAGUUGGGUCCUAAACCUCCACUCUAUUUCAAUGCUGGCAUGUUUGUUUAUGAGCCCAGCUUGUCUACUUACGAAGAUCUCUUGAAAACCCUCGAAAUUACCCCUCCCACCCCCUUUGCUGAGCAGGACUUCUUGAACAUGUACUUCAAGGAUAUUUACAAGCCUAUUCCUCCAAUUUACAACCUUGUGUUGGCUUUGUUAUGGCGUCACCCGGAGAACAUUCAACUUGACCAAGUCAAAGUUGUUCACUACUGUGCUGCUGGGUCUAAGCCAUGGAGGUAUACUGGAAAAGAAGAGAACAUGGACAGGGAAGAUAUAAAGAUGCUAGUGAAGAACUGGUGGGAUAUAUUCGAUGAUGAAUCACUUGACUACAAGAACACUGCAGCAACGGGCGCAUGA